UCGAUCACCUACCGGCAACUCAGAAUCCCGUCACCGUCAGUCGUCGUCAUCAUCGCCGCGGAAUCAGACGGGUGAACGGACGGCGAUAUCAGCAAGCGAGCAACGAUCUGCCAGGCGGAGCAGCGUCGGCGAGCAUGGAUGACGCGAACGCCGUCGAAGUCGCCGGAGUUCCGACCUCGACUUUCAAAUGCAUCGAUCUCUCGGGUUCUGAUAUCCAGCAGUCGGUGUCUCUGCUCAAACAGGUCCUCGAUUCUCUCCAGUCUUUCCGAUGUUCCGAUUCGAUUACCGGUACCGGAACCGAGGAAGCUAAGGUUUUUUGAUUCGUGACGAUGCUGGCGGAUGAAUUCGAUCCGUUGGCCUCAAGCGUGCUUGGAUUCUGGCUUUUUCUACGCGAUCAAUCACGGAAUCGGCCAGGAUUUAAUGGAGGAGGUCUUCGUCCAGAGCAGGUGGUUCUUCGGCUUGCCCUUGAGCGAGAAGAUGAAGCUGUUGAGGAACGAGAAGCACAGAGGCCGCACUCCUCUGUUGGAUGAGGUCCUCGAUGCUGGGAAUCAGAUUCAGGGAGAUUAUAAGGAGGGAUACUACAUAGGAGCGGAAGUACCAGAGGAUGAUCCUGAUGCACAGAAGCCUCAUUUUGGACCAAACCUCUGGCCUUCUGAGGGUAACCAGUUGCUUAAAAUGAUAUCUGUGCAACUUCAAAUUGUUGCUGGUGAUAUGUACUUAUUUUGGUUUCAUUGUUGUGUUUUCAAUAGAGAUAUUGCCAAGAUGGAGGCAGACAAUGGAGAAAUUUCAUAGUUAGGCAUUAUGAGUUUUUGCUAUGGAUGAUAAAGAGCCACGGGCAUUAAAUUUUGUUGUGAGUUGCAAGAUGUGAAAGAUUAUUCCAUCUGAGUAAAAGAUAAUACGGAGAUGUUCUGUUUCUCUGACUGGAAAUUUGGGCCUUUUCCAGUGUCCUAAUGGUGGUCA